GAUUCGGUUAUUGAUUUAGAUGUAACCAAAGCGAGAAAGCAAGUGACCCGGGAAAGAUGCGAGCGUAUUUAUAGCUUGAGUCCCGAUAGAUUAAUCUCUUGGGUAGUAGCCUUUAUGACUACUAUAUGGAUAGCAAAUUUGAUAUUAAAGGAUACCUUUAAUUAUGUAUUCGAGCAUAUUGAGCCAGACGAACCCCUGGUAUGGCCACCCGACAUAUACUAUAUUCUGUGUGGUUUGGUAGCUAAAGAGCCAUUGCGGGGAUCUUAUAAAUAUUAUGAGUUUCUGAAAGGUUAG